UCUUAGAACAAAUGAAAGCUCUGAUUGUUAUAUUAUGCCUGACAAAAACGACGACAGGUGUCUUUCGUGAAGCAUGUGAAAUCGUGUGGAAUGUUAAGUCGCCACUAAUGCUUGUUAAUAAUAACAUUAAUAAAGAUUUGAACUUAUAAUUCCAAAUGAAUUGAUGUUUGCAAUAGUUAACAUUGCAAAACUCAUUAGUCGGGUGCACGCGUAUUGGAGAAAUCAUUUUCCAGUGUAAAAAAUUAAGGAAAAUUAGUAACAUGGAACAUGUGAAGGAGUUGAACGAUUGUGAAGAAUUGGUGCCCUCAGAAUUGGGAACAAAAGAGUAUUGGGAUAAAACAUACGUCAACGGAAUGAAACAUUUCAAAGAAAGUGGAGUAAUUGAUGAAGGAUGGUUUGGAGAAGACAGCAGUUUACGGGUAGUGAAGUGGUUACGGUCCGAGGAGGAAGUGAGAAAAAAUGACAAAAUUGUUGAUAUUGGAUGUGGAAAUGGAUUGUUACUGCUUGAAUUGGCACAUGAAGGUUUCACAGAUCUGACUGGUUUUGAUUAUUCAACUAAUGCUGUGGAAUUGGCUAAAGCAAUAGCAACUCAGCAGGAAGUUACCAUUAAAUUUGAAGUUCGAGAUGUCUUGAAUGAUGACUUGGAACCAGAAUUGUUUGAUAUAGCCUUGGAUAAAGGAACAUACGAUGCAGUCAGUUUGCAUAAUGACAAUACCAGAGAAAAACGUGUUCAGUACAUUAAUAAUGUUUGGAAAAUCCUGAAAUCAAAAGGAAAGUUUGUUAUUACAUCUUGCAACUGGACAGAAAAGGAAUUAGUAACUCACUUCAACUUCAGAUUUUCUUUACAUCAUGUCAUACCUACACCUUCAUUCAAGUUUGGUGGAAAAACUGGCAACGUAGUAACCUCAGUAAUAUUUGAAAAAAGAGAAGACAUCCUGUAAUAUCAAUUACGAAAAGCAAGUUAUUUAUGGUGAGAUUACUGGUAGAAAUUAUGUAUUUUAUUUAUUCAUUGUAUUUUCAAAUGAAUUGAAGACUCUUUUGUGCUAGCCUUCACCUGUUCAAUUUAGAUAAAAAUUUAGAGGGCUUGAAACAUAUUUGUUGUCUUGUAAUGGCAAAUUUUCAAGUAAUAGAAACCUUUGUAAGUGAAAUACAGAAUUUUGGAUAACAUGUAGAAUGAUAGGUACGAAAUUAUAUUCAGCACAGUGCCUUCUUCUUUUGCACAAACCAUUUUUGUAGCAUAUUUAUAUAUACAUCAAGUUGAUCUUAUUGUUUUGUAAAUUGCAGUGAUUGUUACAGUUUUAUAAUUAAACUAUUGAAAUAAUACUGUUAAAAGGUUAAUAAACUUUUGAAAGUUGCUCUGAUCA